UUGUACCUUGUAUCCUACAAUUAAACCACAGCUUCCUUGUUCCUCAGUGAGGUCAUCAAACCCAGCAGUCUGUUAUUACUGGAAUAUAUGUAUAUAUACACACACACACAUUUAAAAGGAAUUUAGUUCUUCUCGUUUGAGACAAAUCUAUGAUCAAACCACAGGAUGAGGAGGAUGAGCGCCUUUCCACAGCAAGGCACAGCUCUGGGAAACCUGGGACUUACCGCGAACGAAAUCCGACAGGAAACUGAAAACAAUACAUCUGAACUGGUAUCUGACCUGGUUAACCUGUCAGCCACAGCCAGAUUUCAAGCCAUACGAUCAUUACCUAAGCCGUUUUACGAGAAGAAAACAAUCAGGGACAGAGUGAACUCUGUCAAACUCUCAAAGGCCAUCCUCGCCCCAGACUGUCGUCAACAUGUGUCUCGGUCUUUCCGCAGAUUUCGUGCCAGCUUGGCAUCAGCCAGGCAGCAUUUGAUUAUAUGGCAGGACACUCUGAAGGAGAUCGGCGGCAGGUUUGGCACAUCUGUCCUCUCCUACUUCUUGUUCCUUAAGUGGCUGCUGAAGUUCAACCUCUUUCUCCUCAUCAUCAACUUCUGCUUCAUCACAAUCCCACAAAUUGUGCACGCUCCCAAUAUCAGCAGCAUCACAGGCUUCAGAGGACUUGAGCUCCUCACUGGGGUGGGUUAUUUCAACCAGACGGUCUUGUUCUAUGGUGGUUACGAUGGUGAAGUAAUCGCAUCCAAACCUGCCUACAACAUGCAGUUGGCCUAUUUUUUCACUGUAGCUGCAUAUCUGGUGUUGUGUGGGGUGUCUCUUAUCUACAGCAUGUCCAGAUCCUUCCAGAACAACUUUGUGCUGGAGACAGGACCCGUCUCUGAAGGAGCGUGGCGUCUCCUGUGCAGCUGGGAUUUCAGUGUUGUCAAUGAAAAAGCAAUACAGUACAACAAGAACAAUCUCGCCAUUCAGCUGAAGGAGUCCUUAUCAGAAAGGUUACAGGUGAAAAACAAAACGUCUCUGCCUGACCGAAUAAAACACCUGUCUCUCCACCUUCUGGCCUGGCUACUCUCUUUAGGACUUGCCCUAGGAUCUGGUGCAGGCAUCUACUUCCUGGGGACAAAACAAGAACUGGCCUUCGGUUUCAGUCAAGAUCCAAGUGAUUUAGGCUCAGAGGCAUCUACUCUGCUUCUGCCUGUGGUCGUGUCGCUCAUCAACCUGAUAGUGCCUCUAUUUUACUCUCUCAUCGACAAAAUAGAGAGCUACUCCAACCCACGCGCAAAGAUCUACAUCAGCAUUGUGAGAAGUGUUAUUUUGAAGAUGUCCAUUCUUGGUAUCCUUUGCUUUUACUGGCUACACGUUGUUCCCGACAGUAUCUCGUGUUGGGAGUCCUUUGUGGGGCAGAGCGUGUAUCGACUGCUGAUAAUUGACUUCAUAUUCUGUCUGCUUGGCACCGCUACAGGCACGAGCCGAAAGAAACCGAAUAGUGAUGACAUCUACAAGCAUGACACGACAGCUGACAACACUGAAAUCCCAUUGCAGGAGACGCCACGCCUCAGAGACGGUCCUGUCUCCAGCACAGUUGUUCUUGAAGGAUCUGGACAUGCUGGAGGAUUGGGUGAUGGCUAUGAAGUAGAUGAUGAGGAGGAAGAGGUUGGAACUUCAGCAGCCACUUAA